AACCUGGUGUUGCAGCGGGAAGGAUGAAGCACGUCGACGGUGGCCUCCUCGUUUUCGCCCUCCUCCUGUUUCUUCAUGAAAGCCUUCAGCAGACUUGUCCUCCUGCUCCUUCUCAUCUCUCACUGGCAAGCACGCCAUGCGGACUGUCCAACCUGGCCCGAGACGGAGCGACAGACGUAGAGGCGAGGCAGCUGAGCGCGGCGAGUCCGAACUGGUUCGUCCGCGCGUGGAAUGGGUUCCUGAGCGUGCUGGCGGGAGGACUGAGACAAGGGGACCCGCUCAUCAUCAACGGGGCUCCGGCCUCCAUCUCCGAGGCCCCGUUCAUGGCGCAUCUCAGCGUCGACUUCUCCUCGGGGACGAGUAGCUCGUGCAGCGCCUCCAUCAUCGGGGAUCAGUGGAUCCUCACCGCCGCUCACUGCAUCACUCGAGCGGGGAACAAGGGGACCACCCUGGCGAGCAAGGUGACGGUCCGCGUGGGGAAUGCGGAUCGGACGGCCGGAAGCGGCAUCUCGUCCACUUCCUUCAAGUACCACUCCAACUUCGACCGAUCGAACCUGCGGAAAGGGUACGACAUCGCCCUCAUCCGCCUGCCGACGAGCCUCGCGUUCGGUCCGACCGUCCAGCCGAUCUGCUACCCGACGUCGGACGACCUGGGGACGGCCGCGGCCGCAUGCGACAAGAAGGCCUACGGGUGGGGCGUCCUCUCCAUCAAGGACUACUUGAAGAGGAGAACCUCUCGAACGUUGCAGAAACUGGACGUGACCGUGUCUGAUCGAGCUGCCAGGGAUUGCAGUGCCGUGGAUGGCAUUCACGUGUGCGUCUGGGGAACUCCCUCGUCUAGCGGGCCCUGCAACGGCGACAGCGGCGGCCCGUUGGUCGUCCGUUACGGCGACCAAGCCUACGAGGCGGGGCUGCUCUCCGGCUCCGUGUCAACGAAGGACAAAUGCACCGGCCGCUUCUAUUACACCAGGACCUCCGCUUUCGCCGAUUGG